GGGGCACAGGCAGUCGCGGGGGGAGCCACUCGCUUCGUCUCAGCCUGGGAAUCGACCGCUCGGUUUUGACUCUCCUGCCGCCCCAGCGCCGUCGUGCGGGGCGCGCUCCCUGCCUCGUCAAGUUCUCUUGCGCAGGGCGCUUCGUGGCCACCCGCGUGCGCAGGGCGCUUCGUGGUCAAGCGGCAGCGCAGGGCGCGUCCGUGGUCUCCCUCUCUCUCGCGCUGCAGGGCGCUCCGUGGGCGCUGCGUUCUCCAGGGAGCUCCGGUGGCCACUCGCUCUUGCAGGGGGGAGCCCGGGACGCGCGACUCCCGGCUGGCAUCCAGGAACUCGCGAGCCCUGGGACCGCGCGCGGGAGACGAGGCCGCGGGAGACGCGACGCGUCUUUAUCCAGCGAGGGCACGGAGUGGGGGCGCUGGCUCGGAGAGGCUCGGGGCGCCCAUGGCGACCAAGACGCACGGGCCGCUGCUGAAGAAGCACAGCCAGACGGAUCUGCUGAGUCGGCUCAAGACGCGCAAGAUCCUCGGCGUGGGAGGCGAGGAUGACGACGGAGAAGUUCAUCGCUCGAAGAUCAGCCAAGUUCUGGGCAACGAGCAGAAGUUUACGGUGCGGCAGCCUAUCGGACUCAGAGCGUGGCAAGUGCUGUCCGCGCUGAUGUUCACCUCGCUGGGCCUCGUGUCCCUGGCGGCGCCCGAGGCGGCGUCCCAGGCGCUGUCGGGAGAGGAAGACGACGACGCGGGGGGCGGCAGCCGCAUGGCCACGAGGCUCUACGGGGGCGCCCUGCUCAGCCUCUCUCUGACGUUCUGGAACUCCCUGUACACGUCAGACAAGGCCGUGAUCCGCUGGAGCCUGCUCACCGAAGUCUGCUUCUACGCCAUCCAGCUCGUGGUGACGAGCAUGACGCUGUGGGAACGAGGCUCGUGCCCGGCGAGUGCGCUCCUCUGCUCGGCGCUGCGGGGAGCAUUCCUCCUCGUCUCCCUGGUGUACUACUUCAAGAUCGGGCGGAGGUGGCGGAAGUAGUCGGAGGGAGGCAAAGCUACCACCCCCUCCACGAAGCCCCCCACCCUCUCCAAAGCCCCCUACCCUCUGGCCCCCCACACUUCCAGUUCACUUGGUCUUGCCUUCUGUGGAGAGCAGUGUGCGCGUGCGGUCGUCUGUGUACGAAUUCCCUGAGCUACUCGAGCGAUGGGUGGCAUGGGAAGUGUGUGAUGCGUGUGGGUGUGAUGUCUGAACGAGGGAUGGAAACAUACACAUGCAGAGACGCAUGCACGUUUACACACGCUCACGCUCACACGCAACGCACAUACGGUACACUCACAAACAUACGUACAUUCAGAAACACAUAUCCACACCUCCACUCAAAUAUAAGACAAAGGCUUGACUAAGCUGUUGGGGUGUGCGUGGGCAGGUGUGCGUGGGGUGCGUAAUCAGGUAUGUAUGGCAAGUGUUUGUGGGUAGAUGUUUGUGGGUAGGUGUGCGUGGACAGGUGUGCGUGGGGUCCGUGUGCGUGGACAGGUGUGCAUGGCAAGUGUUUGUGGGUAGGUGUUUGUGGGUAGAUGUUUGUGGGUAGGUGUGCGUGGGCAGGUGUGCAUGGCAAGUGUUUGUGGGUAGGUGUUUGUGGGCAGGUGUUUGUGGGUAGGUGUUUGUGGGUAGGUGUGCAUGGGUAGGUGUGCAUGGCAAGUGUUUGUGGGUAGGUGUUUGUGGGCAGGUGUUUGUGGGCAGGUGUGCGUGGGUAGGUGUGUGUGGGUAGGUGUGCAUGGCAAGUGUUUGUGGGUAGGUGUUUGUGGGCAGGUGUUUGUGGGUAGGUGUUUGUGGGUAGGUGUGCGUGGGCAGGUGUGCGUGACAGGUGUGCGUGGGUAGGUGUGCGUGGGUAGGUGUGCGUGGGCAGGUGUGCGGCUCUGCAUGCGGACCGUGAGUCGCUGGUUUCCUCGUGCUCAUUUUUAAACUCCUAGGUGUUCCGUUUUUCUCGUCUCGUGUUAUUAUAUUGUUCAUGAUGAUUGUUAUUAUUGUUACUAUACUGUUAUUACUGGAUCGACGAUUAAACAAAGGAAACGA